CAUUCAACUUGAAUUGCCCGCUCUACGAUAUGUUUUCGUGGCCACCCAACUACGAAGAACAACAAGACAGAAGAGUUUCUAUGACCUCCAUGAAAAGAGAUAAAUAUGAAGAACAUUCAAAAAAAGCUGACGAGAAUAGCGAAACAGUUUUGGAAAGCUUCGUUGAAAUCCAAGACCUUUCACAAGGUAAAAAGAAAAGUGACUUGGCGUUUUCUUCAAAGAGCAGUGCAACGUUUUCAGUGAGAAGCUUCAAUCAGACUAAAAAUAUAAAUUGUACAGGUGAAGAACAACCUUUGCUACCUCCUCAUGGAACUAUUGUCCAUCUAUACUCUUCUGAAGACUCACAGUUGCUAUGUGCAAAAUGUGUCAACGAAGUUUGGUACUUGGACUACGAAAAUAGUGGCGAAACAGGUUUACCUGCGACACAAUUUAUUCUCAUGAGAGCAAAUGGAUGCCUUGGAUUCCGUUCUUGUGUUGCGAAUGGUUGCCUUUUGCAGUGCAAUACCAAACACGAGUUGCGUUUCACAAACCCCAAGUUUGAACUGUGGGAAAAGUGGGAGUAUGAAAAUAACGGCAUCCGCAACGCAAAAUUCAAAAAGAUCUUCAUCCCACUUAGAAUAGUACCUUUUUCUUUGAAAGCAUCCAGCAGAGAAGAGCUUCUAGAGGCUUGGGAACAAAGUCAAAAAUCAUUGGACCAGUCUCGUGCACGAGAACGGUCUUUGCAAGAUGAACGGAACAAAUUAACUGAAGAAAUAGAACAACUCAAACGAAAAAUUCAAGACUUGGAAACAGAAAAACGAGACCUUGUCACAGAGAAUAAGAACAGGACAAAUGAACUAAAGUCACUUCAGAUUCAACUCGAAAAAUUGGAAAAUUCCUAUCAUCGAACAUCUCUCAAUUACAAUUCCUCCUUGGAUCACAUUCAUAGCCUUCAAAAGAGAGUUGAAGAGCUAGAUACUCAGAAUAAGACACUGCAGGAACAGAUUCAAGAGCAAAGCAAUCUUGUUGAGUUAUGGUCAGAGAGAUGCAAAGCGGAAGAAGAGUAUAAAAAUGAUUUUUCGAGGCGCCUUCAAGUCAAAGAAGAGCAAGUCAGUGAACUUGAAGUUGAAGUUAUGAAUCUCAAAGAGCAGGUAAAGUCCAAAGAGAGGUUAUUAGUUGCUGCACAAAAGAAUCUUCGUUCAUUGCGAGAGACUCUUUCUAAUGUUGAUAUUUCGGAGACUAGUAAACGGAAAAAAUCAGAACACGAAUAUAAUUCAUCGAUUCCGGAUAUUCCUGGCAAUAUUGAUAUUUAGUAACUUUACAGUUAAGUCGUUUAUUUUACUAGUUGGGAAAAGUGGGAAUAUGAAUAAAUGAUUAUAUUUAAGUUCAUCAACGAAUUUUUAUCGUU